AUGCGCAAAGAAGAUCUGCCGGCCCCACCUGCCGCUCGCGGUGGGCGGGGCCCUAGAGGCGGAGUCUCGCCCUGGCGCUACGAGCUCUACCGACUGAUAAAUUGCAGUUUGUGGGUUCCCAAUUAUUUCCAGAGCUCCUACAGUCCUCCAGAACUUAAUAGGACUUUCCCAGAUGAGACUACUGAAUGUUCAUCUAAGCAACCAUCCUAUAAAGGAAUGUCCACAAGGGCUUUUGUGGUGGAAAAUAGUGCAUCAAUAAUUCAUCAGGUCCACAGAAGGUAUUACUCUGGAGACAAAAAAGCCCCAGUUCUCACGCUCUUCAUUGGGGGAAACCAUGAAGCCUCAAAUCAUUUGCAAGAGUUACCCUAUGGUGGCUGGGUGGCACCAAACAUUUAUUAUUUAGGUUUGGCUGGUGUGGUAAAAUACCGAGGUGUAAGGAUCGGUGGAAUCUCUGGUAUCUUUAAAUCUCAUGACUAUCGGAAAGGUCAUUUUGAGUGCCCCCCUUAUAAUUCAUCUACAAUCAGGAGUAUAUAUCAUGUGAGAAAUAUUGAAGUCUAUAAAUUAAAACAGCUGAAGCAGCCUAUAGAUAUAUUCUUGUCUCAUGAUUGGCCAAGAAGUAUAUAUCAUUAUGGAAAUAAGAAGCAACUUCUUAAGACUAAAUCUUUUUUCCGACAAGAAGUGGAAAAUAACACAUUAGGAAGUCCAGCUGCCUCAGAGCUUUUAGAGCAUCUAAAACCUACUUAUUGGUUUUCUGCCCACCUUCAUGUGAAGUUUGCCGCCUUAAUGCAGCAUCAGGUAGAAAACAAGUGGGAUUAUAGUGCAACAGAAGAAGGUAUGAAAGAAGUGUUGGAAAAAUUGAAUCAUGACCUCAAGGUUCCGUGUAACUUUAGUGUAACAGCUGCUUGUUAUGAUCCUAGCAAGCCACAGACACAAAUGCAGCUGAUUCAUAGGAUCAAUCCUCAGACUACUGAAUUUUGUGCCCAACUUGGCAUCACAGACAUCAAUGUUAGGCUUCAGAAGUCCAAGGAAGAACAUCAUGUGUGUGGUGAAUAUGAAGAACAGGAUGAUGUGGAGAGUAAUGACUCUGGAGAAGACCGGAGUGAAUAUAAUACAGACACAUCUGCUCUGUCUUCUAUUAAUCCAGAUGAAAUAAUGUUAGAUGAAGAAGAAGAAGAUGAAGAUAGUAUUGUAAGUGCACAUAGUGACAUGAAUACACCAUCUGUAGAACCUUCUGAUCAGGCUUCUGAGUUUUCUGCAAGUUUCUCUGAUGUCAGGAUCUUGCCAGGCUCUAUGAUUGUGUCUUCUGAUGAUACGGUGGAUUCCACAGUUGAUAGAGAGGGGAAACCUGGUGGGACUGUGGAAUCAGGGAAUGGAGAGGACUUAACCAAGGUGCCAUUGAAGAGGCUGAGUGAUGAACACGAACCUGAACAAAGAAAAAAAAUUAAGAGGAGGAAUCAAGCCAUUUAUGCUGCAGUGGAUGAUGAUGAUGAUGCAGCUUAAGACAAUUUACUUGUUUUGUUUUUGUUUCUGUUUUUUUGAGAUGGAAUUUCACUCUUGUCAGACAGACUGGAGGGCAAUGGCGUGAUCUCGUCUCACUGCAACCUCCGCCUCCCGGGUUCAAGCAAUUCUCCUGCCUCAGCCUCCGAAGUAGGUGGGACUACAAGUGCCCGCCACCACACCCGGUUAAUUUUUAGUAGUGACAGG